CUCUCUAUACUCACUCUCUCUGUUCUCAUAAACCCUACGUAUAAUACUCACACCGCAUGAAUAAUAACUGUGGCCUUAUUCACUGCAUUAAUCGAAUUGAUUCAAUUUCAAUAGCCCUGCAAAACUGGAGAAACUCCCCAAUCCGUCCCCUUGUUCUGCAGAUCCAGAAUUAAGAUUGCCAAGAUCGCGAGACCUCCAUCAAUUCGCUCCUGAACCAGACCACAGCUCCAAAUAUUUCGGCGACCAUAAUAGAUACCAAAACGGAAACGGAGCCACAGCACAGGGCAAACGGCGGCAAAUCGGGCCACAUUAUAUAAAGAAAGAUCGCCUUCCGAGGGGGAACCAGGAACCAAAAAACCCACUCGAGAUCGACACUGGGAAACAGCGACCCAGGCACCCAGAAGCCACCGUUUCUCCGUCUCCCUACAUACGCACCUCCAACUUUACUUGCUGUCGUGCACACCUGUGAUAAUCUGCAGCCAGCAACCGACAGACAGACGUCAGAGAGGGGCAUUCUGCUGUUCACCAUUGAUGGCCGCGAAUAGCACCUGAACUCUCCAGGAUAACGACAAGGUCGGGCCAGAAGCACAGGAACAAACCAUAUACCACCCGACAUCUACAAUGUCAACACCAGAAGGAGACGGCGAUACGCGCCCUGAGCCGGUGGUCAAGAAUACACAGCCUGAAUCUGACGACUCGGGCCACGAAACUGACACUUUCGAAGACGCCGACACCACACCCAUUGAUCACAACCAGGCUCUGUCCCCAACAACUUCAACACGCUCUUUAACGAAUUCCCACACGGCUCAUCAAAAUGGAGGCUCUGAGGCCCCAGUGGUACCUCCUCUAGAGGCGCACCCGGAAGACGACGUAUCACCUACAAGCAGCCAACCAAGAUCUCCCGCAGCUGUCACCGAACGCCUCUCAACCUUAAGCCUAGACAACGUGAGCUUGGACGGAGAGGAGAUUGCCGCAGCAGCCGCAUCGACCGACAAAGCAGAAACCACUAAGCCCGAAUUACCCCCACGAACCUCCGCAAAGGCUGUCUUCGAGGGCCUCCAAGGCUCACUGCCAUCAGUACCGUGGGGACCACCUCCGCCACCACCUCCAGCAAAGGACAAGCCACAAACUGUUGUUCCCCCACCACGAAAGCUCACAGGACCAUUUUCCUGGUUGUCGAGAGGUUCGGCACCACCACCACCCACUGUGCCAAGAGUACCAUCUCCUGGGAACGGCUCUGGAGGCCGCCGAAACACGACCUCUUCGAUAGCUACGAAUAAUAGCAACCCAGACCUCAUGCUCAAUAAACUGGAUGAGGGGAACGAGUCGCCAAAUGGCAUUAGGAACUCAUCGAGGAAUAGCCUACGGGAUAGAUUCAAGCUUCUGAGGAUGAGAGAAGAGGCAGGCAUUACUUCGUUGGGCGAGGAAGGCGAAGAGGGGACACCGAUUGAGACUAUGAUUGGGCGUGUGAGCCUUGGUCAAGGACUCACCAGCCCAACGGGUUCGGAGGACAAAGCUCUACCAGCAACCCCGAAUGCGGCGGCUUUCAACCCUUCAUUAGCACCAGGAACUGCGGCGGGCGUUACAUCUGGACCACCUGCCAACGAAGAAGUUGACUGGGAUUUGUGGCAGUCAGUGGUCUACGAGGGCCCAGCAGCAGUAGCGAGGACAAGCCCCGAAGAGUUGAACCAGGCGAUCGCCCUCGGUAUCCCGUCUGCGAUCCGAGGAGUUGUGUGGCAAGUCUUGGCCCAGAGCAAGAACGACGAACUGGAAUCGGUGUAUAGAGACCUGCUCUCGCGUGGAACGGACCAGGAUAAGGAUAGGGCGAGCAUUUCUAGCGCAGGAGCGAGCAAUACCUUCUCGAACGGUGGAAAAGACAAGGAUACCGCGUCAUCGGCGUCAUCGGUGCACUCUGAUCUGUCGGGAAGCGGAUUGAAGUCACCAUCGCCAACUGAGAGGGACCCAGAGAAUAUCGCAAAGGCGCAGGCUGCUGCUUUGGCCGAGAAGAAAAAGAAGGCCAAGGACGAUGCGGCGUCGUUGCUGAAGCUGGAGAAGGCCAUCAAGCGCGAUCUGGGCGCGAGGACAAGCUUCUCAAAGUUCGCAGUCAGCGCAGGCCUACAAGACGGACUAUUCGGAGUAUGCAAAGCAUACGCCCUCUUCGACGAAGGCGUCGGCUACGCCCAAGGCAUGAACUUCCUCGCCAUGCCCCUCCUCUUCAACCUCCCUGAAGAAGAAGCCUUCUGCCUCCUCGUGCGCCUCAUGAACCAAUACCGCCUCCGCGACCUCUUCAUCCAAGACAUGCCCGGCCUGCACAGCCACCUCUACCAGUUCGAGCGUCUCCUCGAAGACCUCGAGCCCGCGCUCUACUGCCACCUCCACCGCAAGGGCGUCACCCCGCACCUCUACGCUACGCAGUGGUUCCUCACUCUCUUCGCAUACCGAUUCCCCCUCCAGCUAGUCCUGCGCAUCUACGAUCUCAUCCUCAGCGAGGGGCUGGCUGCGAUUUUGAAAUUCGGGAUCGUACUCAUGCAGAAGAACGCUGCUACCCUCCUGGGCAUGAACGACAUGGUCGCCCUAACCAACUUCCUCAAAGACCGCCUCUUCGACGUCUACAUCGACGCCUCCCCCUCCCCCGGCUCGAUCCUCGAAUCGGGCUUCUUCGGCUCCUCCGGCGCCAGCAUCGACAAAGAAGUCUAUCGCGCCGAUACCCUCGUCCUCGACGCCUGCGCCGUCAAAAUCACCCCCGAGAUGCUGAAGACCUACACCAGUGAAUGGGAGGAGAAAACCCGCGCUGAAAAAGAGCGCGAAGCAGAGCUGGAACUCCUCCGCUCCACUAACGCCUCCUUAUCCCUCAGUGUCCGCCGUCUCGAAGAGCGCGUUCAGAAUCAUGAUCAAGAGCACGCUGCUCUCGCUACGGAUCUCGUCCGCACGAAGGUCGAGAAUGAGGAAUUGCUGGACCAGAAUGAGAGUCUGAAGGGGCAGGUGGAGGAGCUCAGGGGGGUGGUAGAGAGGCAGCCUGCUGAGGUGGAGGAGCGCCUGAAGAUGGAGAUGGACAGGUUGAUGAAGAGGAAUUUGGAGGUGCAUGAGGAGAAUACGAGACUCGAGGAGGAGAUGGGGGAGAUGGAGGGGACGUUGGUGGAGACGAAGAUGGCGUUUGCUGAGCUUAACGCACAACACGAGACCCUGCAGCGGCGCUGGACAGAUCUCAGGAAGGCGCUGGAUUAACCCCCUCCCUGCCUCUGAUACUUUAAGAAUGCGGGUUGGCCAGGCCACUUGAUGUGAUGCUCCUGCUUAUGAAGAAAAAUUAUCACGCUGCGUUGCGUUGCAUUGCGCUGCGCUGCAUUUCGGAUGGGGGGCGUUUUUUUUUGUUGUGUGUCUUCGUUGGACUUCUUCUUCUAUGAUGCAUCCGAGGGGCGGGAUUGCAUUUUUUUUUGUAUGAAGUACUAUGCGUUUGUGUAGGAGUGAUUGUAUAUAGGUUAGGGCUGGAGAGUGAUAUGAGGGAGUGGUGAGGGAGUGGAGGGGGCUGGAGAACAGCAUGGUAUAUUCGGG